AUCGCUUUAAAAAUACUCGUGACCAGUCACGAGAUAUCGCUCAUCUCUACCAGCUUUGAGCAAAAUUAGUAUCUUGUAUUGUCAAACACAAACUCGCGAAGGUCUCUUUGUUGUCGUUUCUCGCAAUGGUUUAGGAUUACAUAUUCAGUGUUUUAAGCUAAGCAUAAAGUCUCUCCCAUCGCCGGACAUGGAUAUCCUGGACAUCGAUGAGGCACUGAAGGAUGAUUCAUAUAUAUUUCUGGCGGACAAGACCCACGAUGAUGUCUCCAACAUUCUGCAGCAGUGGAAAUCGAAUAAUCAGUCGCAGCCGCUGCAACUGCAUCCACAGUUACCGUACAACAACGAGGCCUACAAACACAACUCGAAGACCUUCACCCGCCCCAAACGUCGCAAUUUGGAUUUCAGCCAAAAUGGAGCAGGAGUGGACUCCGGAGCAGUUGCCGGCACUCCGCCUGGGAUGCUCCAACUGGAAAUUGGCGGCCUGGUCACCACGAACAUGCACAAAUCCUUCCUGCAGGACACCUCUCCUCCGUCUUCCAUUUGCUCCUCCAUGAACACGGAACGGAUGAACAAUUCGCUUAUCACGUCCGCCGACUUUACGAACCUCAACUUUCUCCAAUCCACAAUUGGACUGGAGCAGGAGCCGAGUCUGACCACAACGCUGACCAACAACCAGACAGCGGACAACAACACGGGCGUCGGGUGCUACACGCUCAGCGACAUGAUCAGGGAUCGCAAGGCGCUGGAAUCGCUGACAAUGUGCGAGGACGAUGGCACUUUGAUAAAGGACUCGCACAUCGGGCAGAUCGACGAGAUAUCGCUGACGCUGAGCAAGACCGCCUCCGGCUGCAGUACCAUGGACAACAGCACGGACAGUAUGUCCAAUCCCCUGGCUGCAGCAGAUCGAACAAUGCCUGUGGGCUUGCCUCCAGCAGUCUGUCCCGCCCUGCAGCGUACCCUAAUCCUGAGCGAGGAGAUGAUCGGCGAUACAACCUUCAAUUUGGUCGACAGCCUGACAGCCUCUAUUUUACCAUCGGAUGCCGAUAGAUCCCUGCCUAUUGAUGGGAAUGCAACCUUCAAGAGACCCGCCGCAAGUACAGCGGCAGCAGACGAGACGCAACUCUUGACGGCGCGCCAGAUGAACACCACCUAUACCGAGGGAUGCAAUACACCGGAGGCUCGUUGUGAAACACCUGAGAAUGUCGAUCGCAAGCUGCCUUUGCUCACCAUGGAAUCAACUCCACUGACCACCAACUUGCGCUCCCACUUCUACCCCAACAACAAUAAUAAUAACAACAAGCAUGGUGCGUACACGCCGACGGUAAAGGGGCAUGUGGACAUGAAUCUGUCACCGAUUGUAUCCACCACGCCGCAGAGGGCAUUGCAGGGACAUGGACGACAACAUAAUACUACCUUCGAGCCGCCUGCUAGGGCAGGCGCAGAAGUAGCAGCAGCAGCCCCUUUUAACGGUGAAAAGUUCGUGCUGGAUACGAUGGAACUGCUGGAGCAGAUCGAACAGCCGCUGGAUGGCACGUACAGCCUGCAGAUGUCCGAGCAGCACAAGCAAAUGCAGUGCGUCAUGGACUUGGCCGAGGCAGAGGUGGAAAUGCUGGCUCAGCAGGGCGACGAGGAGCAGUUUGAGCACAUGCUUGCGGAGCUGGGCAAGGUGAACACGCUAAGCGAGCACCAGCUGAAGAUGCAAAAGUCUCUGGAUACCAUCAGGCGGCGCUUUCAUCGGGACGAUCCCACGGAGGUAGAUGAAGGAGAACGGGAAAUUGAUGAGCAGCAUCAGCAGCAGUCGCCAGCCGAGAAGGUGGAGACACCGCAGCUCAACCUAAGCCACUUAAGCAACAGUAACAACAGCAGCAGUAGCGGAGAGCGGCUUCUUAGCCGUCGCAGUCGGCUCUACGACGAUGUCAAUCUGAGCGUCAUGCACGGCAGCAAUGCAAGCAAUGCUAGCUGCAAUUCGGCCUCGUUCAUCGUCCAGCGGAGAGAGGCGCCUGCAGCCGAACCUCAGCCCGAUCCCGAACCAGCGGAAGAGCCUCCAAAGCCUCAGGCGGCCACAGAAAAGGACCCUUCUACCUACAAAUUGGCGGAGCGAAGGGAACGAGAUCGUGACCGCUUCAAGACCAUCAAGAUUUCGAAGGAGAUGCGCCUGCAGCCAGAGAUUAUAGUGCCUUGUAUAGACGAUGAACUGCAGCAAGAGCAACCGGAGCCUGAUGAGGAACAACAUCAUCAGCAGCAAUUUGGGGAGGAAGGGCAGCUGGAGGAGGAGCAGGUAGAACCGCCGCAGCGUCAGGGUUCGCCGCCUGGUCGCCUGUCGCGUCGAGAUCAGAAUUCGGUCCUUAGCAACAACAAUAACAACAAGGUGGGGAGCAACUAUUUGACCUACAAGAAACCCAAAGAGAAGGCCCUGCUCCAACGAAGACCGAUGCUGCAACAGGAAUCGGAAACAGCGGCGCUGCCCGCGCCCUCGCUUCCCCAGCCACGAUCCCUCUCUCGGCCGCGAUACAUAAGUGGCCUCCAGAAGUUCACCACGGUAAGCAAAGCCACGUCAGCCGGUGCUGGUCUGAACGCCGCUCCAUCCGGUGUCAUGCCCGUCACUGUACCAGCGCCACCGGCUACCGGCAGUGGCGAACUUAAGAGUCCCAUGGGCAUCAAGUCCAAAUCGUUCCAUAACUUGUCCUCAACAUUGAGUGGCAUUGGUGGUGGAACGGCGGCGGGAGCUGGAGCUCUGCCAAGGCCCAGUUUGGGAGGUGGCCUGCGACGACCUGGCGCGCAGCCCAGCAAGCUUAUGAGCGGACUGCGAGGACCAAUGCAGCCUCAGGAGGACGACUCGGUAUUUAAGGUGCCCAAGUUGGUUAGUGGUCUCCGUGCUCCUGGUCUGACUGGUGCUAAGCGUGUGGGAGCUAAUGGCCUGGCUCGUCCUUCGUCCGGCUAUUACAGCCUGAGCGUUAAAGCAGCACCUGAGGCGGAAACUCCAGAGAGCCUCUCCUCAGCCUCAUCGCGCGGUAGUCUGUAUGGACACAGCAAGGACAACACUAUUAGGUCAACAACCAACGGCGGCAAUGUUCCUCAGCCCUCCUCCUUCGACACACAGGCUCUAACCUCCAAGCUAACCCAGGUAACAACGGGGGCCACCGGCAUACCGAAGCCCUCGGGUCUACGUCCGCCUUCGCAGAUGAAGCGCAGCGGCCUGCCGCGGCCCUCUAGCAUUGUUAGACGCUGAGAGCACCUGGUCCGAACCGAAUUUCCAUGACCAUUCAUGUAUCCAUCCUUUUUGUAUUCUGUGUUUCGCUCUUUUGUGUAUGUGUUCCCCCAACUCCCAUUUGCCUAGUGAUUUCCGAGACACUAGCAUUUAUGUUUAUUAAUUAAUAUUACGAGAAAUUAUGCAUUUAGUUUAACAAACCGAGAACUUUGCACUCACAGAACCCAUGAACCUACAUACAUAGCUAGAUAUUAUAGAAAAAAAAGUAAACAUAGACACGAACUUUGCCUUACGAAUCAUAAAAAAAAGAUAAGAGGAUUGAGAAUGAGAAUGAUAAUUCAAACGAUAAAUGAUUGAUAGCUGUAUAUUUUGUAAAAGCAAUGCAAAAAUUCUACGAACGUUAUGAAGCAUAAGCCAAUCGAAUAAAUAUUAGCAAGUGAAAAAAUAUAUACCAUAAGACCCCUGCUCAGUGGCCCCGAAGGGCCACAACAAAAAGAAAACCAAACAAACAAUUGAUAAUAACCUAUAAGAGUAUUGAACGAACUUACAUUAUCUAAUAUUAUCGCAUAUAUACAUAUAAAAUACAAACAACAACUAAACGAUA